AUGACUACUAACCAACCCUCUGCAGCACAGCAAGUGACCUGUGAUAUCACCACCAUAGCUAACCAGCCCUCUGCGUCACAGCAAGCAUCCAGUGUCAUUCACUUAGAUAGUGUUGCCACAGAGGACCAGACUCCAUCAACUAGCAAUGACGAUUAUGCUGCCUACCUUUCGAUCAUGACUUCCAUCUCAGACCUUUCAUCUGAUGAUGAGGAAUUAAACCAGGCUACAACGGCUAGUCUUGAGAGUCAUGCCUUUGAUGCUGGCGGGGCCAUUGCUGUAAGUCUUGUCCAUGGCGGUCCUCCACCAGGAUUCAUUGCACCAACGCUGUUUUCUCGUCUAGUUGGUGGCAAUUCCUCCAUAAAGCCUGUCUUGGAAGACAUUGCCAAUACAGACCUAUAUGAGAAGAUUAAGGUGUCUGAAUGCACGUCUUUGGAUGAACUAUUACAUGCCACUGAACCAUUACAAGAUUACCUGGCAAAUGCUGGGUGUCUCAGGUCAUUGAAAUCCAUUAAAGACAGAGACCUGCUGGUUGAAGAUAUUCUCAUGUUUCAGGUGGCCCACAGAGUCUGCGGGGCACUUGAAAGAUUCAGGGAGGGACUAAAGACCCUUGGUGUCCUGGAUGCAAUCUGCAUGCAUCCGGACAGUUUUAGACCCUUAAUGUGUCACGAACCAUCCCCACUCACUGCUGACUUAAUGGAUCACCUUUUCCACAUCCGGCUGUCUGCAGUGGGAAGCAACAAGAGAAGGGCAGAGGAACGUGUUGUUCCCUUCUGGAGAGAUUACCUGCAGGAUGUUGAAGAGCAAGAGGGACCAUCAAAGCUAAGUAAAAUCUUAGCUUUUGCAACAGGUGCAAGUGUCAUCCCUCCAGUUGGAUUCUCUCCUCAACCAUCAAUUGAUUUCCUGCAUGAUCAGUCUGUCAGCUCUAGACGUCAUUUGCCUAUGGCAAACACCUGCAUCAACUGCCUUAAGUUACCACUGCUUGACACAUAUGAGGAUUUUAGGGAGACUAUGGACGUUGCAGUAGGUGAUACACAGGGUUUUGGUAGAGAAUAA